UUUCUUCAUCUCAUCAGAGUUCUUCUUCUGCCCAAGUUUAGAAUUCCUUCUUAUAGAAUUCCUGAUCUUCUCACUUUCCUCCCCUCUUUCAGCUCUCCUCAAAUCCAACCGAGUUCACUAAUUGAGGGCUAGGGUUUCGGUAAUUCUCAAAUCCUCAUUUAGGAGAAGUCUUCGUGAUUGAUUCUUCCUUAUUGAGCAUUGUUCUCUCGAAGUCUCUAGUAAGUCUCUCUCUCCAUUGCUCCAAUUCAGACUGCAAUUAACCCUUGUGUGUCGGUUUUGAGGGAGAAUCAAAACCCUAGUUUGGUUGAUGAUGAUUUUUUUGUCAAGAUUUCUAGUUCGAUCUUGUUGCAGCUAUUUCUUUUCACUGAGUUCGUUCACAUUCAAUUCUUGGUUGAUUCUAGGAACCCGGGGUUCUUUUGUGCUUUUAUACAGUGAAUCUCUUCUUUGUGACUUCCCCACUAAUUCACAGAUUAACUAUGUCUCCAAAGAGAUUGCGCAUUCCGAGGGGUUGAUUAGCCACUCAGCCACCUGAGAGAGAAUCUUCAUCAUAUGCCGCCAGGGCCGAAGGAGCAUCCAAUGCAGUGCUUUAUCAAGCGGAAUAAGAAGAACUCUACAUUCUAUCUUUAUCUCAGCUUGACCCAAACCUUCAUGGAUAAAGGAAAGUUUCUACUGGCAGCUAGAAGGGUAAGGCGUGGUGCCCACACGGAAUAUAUCAUCACACUUGAUGCUGAUGACCUGUCCCAAGGAAGUAAUGCUUACGUAGGAAAGUUGAGAUCUGAUUUCGUGGGCACUAAGUUCACAAUAUACGACAGCCACCCACCUUUCACUGGCGCAAAGGCAUCAAGCAGUCGAACGAGCCGACGCUUCACCAGCAAGCAAAUCAGCCCACAAGUUCCGGCUGGUAAUUUCGAGAUUGGCCAUGUUUCGUACAAAUUCAACCUUCUCAAAUCUCGAGGACCAAGAAGAAUGUUUUGCAGAUUACAAUGCCCUCCAAGCGAAGAAUCCACCAAAGGAGAAGAAUCAUCUCAACCUCUAUCUGUGGUAUUGAGGAACAAAGCUCCUCGAUGGCACGAGCAUCUUCAAUGCUGGUGCUUGAAUUUUCACGGGAGGGUAACCGUUGCUUCUGUGAAGAAUUUUCAGCUUGUUGCAGCUCCGGAUCCAUGUCAAGUGAGUGGGGUUGGGGAUGAUGAGACAGUGCUGCUUCAAUUUGGGAAAGCUGGAGAUGAUAUGUUCACAAUGGACUAUAGGCAACCACUCUCGGCUUUUCAAGCUUUUGCCAUUUGCCUCACUAGCUUUGGUACAAAGUUUGCAUGUGAAUAGAAAUGCUUAGCUCCUAAGUUAUUGUUGCGGUUAUGUUGGUGGACAUAAAUUGGGCAAGCGUGUUGUAUAUUUCCGAUGUAUGAACGAUGUUGCUUUUGGAUCAACCAGAGAGAUGAUGAAGCAGCUACUGGCAUCACUGUUUCUGUUUGACGUUUCUUAUGUAUUAUAAAGAAAGCAUGGCCUUGGGUCUUGGAGUA